ACUCUGUCAGUACGUCCGGACAGAGACCCGUUUUCUGUCCUGUCCACAAGCAGGAGCCUCUGAAGCUUUUCUGUGAGACAUGUGACACUUUAACAUGUAGAGACUGCCAGCUUCUGGAGCACAAAGAGCACAGGUACCAGUUUCUGGAAGAAGCGUUCCAGAAUCAUAAAGAAAUCAUCGAGACCAAUAUGGCUAAACUACAAGAAAAGAAGAAAUAUGUCUAUUACUCUGUUUCUCAAGUGCAAAACAGGUUAAAAGAGUUAAAUGAAACGCACAGAAAAGUUGAGCACGAGAUCAAAAUUGCAGUAUUUACUCUUAUAAAUGAGAUCAACAAAAAAGGCAAGGCCCUGCUCCAGCAGCUUGAGAGCGUGAGCAAAGAACGCAGUAUAAGGCUUGUGUCUCAGCAUAAAGACACCACCCAGCUGGCUCAACAGAUCAACCACGUGCUGAACUUUUGCCACUGGGCCAUCACCUCCGGCAGCAGCACUGCGUUGCUCUACAGCAAGAGACCGAUCAUGUACCAACUUCGCCAGCUCUUCAAGGCUAGGCUGGAGCCUGCGCCACAGUCCAACGGAGUUGUGCGCUUCUUCUGUGAUCCGACCUUCUGGGCCAAAAAUGUGGUUAACCUUGGUAAUUUGGUAGUUGAAAAACCUCCUCCAGCUGUACACCCUCCCAAUGUGAUGAUGGGAGGACCCACCAUUUCACCUGGCCAGGGUCACCCAGGCAAACACCCAGGCCAGAUCAACCUGGCUCAGCUCCGACUGCAGCACAUGCAACAAGCUGCGUAUGCAAAGCAGCAUCAGCAGCAUCAGCAGCAACAUCAGCAACAGCAGCAAAUCCAGCAACAAAUGCGCAUUGCCUCCCAAAUGUCCCAGCAGCAGCAUCCCAGACAGGCAGGCCCACCCAUAGUUCAGCAGCAGCCUCCAAGACUCAUCAGUAUGCAGCAGCUGCAAAGAGUACCGGGGGGUAUGAACGGUGGGCCCAGUCCCUCUAUGUACCCCUCUUCCCAUCACAUGCGUCUGCCGGGUCCCCCUCAGAGCCGAAUGGCCACAGCUCAGCCCAGACUUAAUGGACAACAGUUCUCGCCCCUCAUGCAGCCUCAGUUACAGAGACAGAUGUCUAUAGAAUCUGAGAUGAGCCACCCAAGGUUUCGUUUCUUACUGCAGUCAGGGCAUUCCAAUCCAGGCCACGCAGGCCCUUUCCCGGUGGCGUCCCUGCACAACGCUAGUCCCACGAGUCCAACCAGUGCCAGUAUGGCUGGUGCCCACGCUCAUCGAGGACCUGCCAGCCCUAUAAUUGGUCCCAUUGAGCUGAUCCCCUCCGUCACUAAUCCUGAGAACCUGCCCUGCUUACCUGAGAUCCCUCCUAUUCAGUUGGAAGAUGCAGGUUCCAGCAACCUUGGACAGCUUCUUUCUCGUUACAUUUCAGCGAGCACACAUCAGUUUGGAUCAAUAGACUUGAACUCCUCACCUGGACUGUCAACACUUUCUCCUGGAUCUUCAGGUGUAUCCAAUGCUCACACACCAGCACGACCCUCUAGCACCUCCAGCACCGGCAGCAGAGGCAGCUCUAGCUCAGCAGGCAAAGGAGGCACAGGAGGUGGAACCAGUGGAGAGCAGGUGAAGGUGAAGAAGGAACCCGGCACAGAGGACAGCUACAGCUGCACGACGACUUCUCUGAAAACGGAACGAGGCAAAGAUGCAGGAAGGAGUGCCUGCAUGAUGAGCAGUCCAGAGAACAGCCCUCUUGGACUUGUGUCUGCAGGCCAGGAUGCCAUCAAAGGUCUUAGUGACCGCAUCAAAACAGAACCCGAGUCCGAUGCACCGUGUUCUAGACUGAAUGGUGCCAGUGCCACCACAUCGUCCUCUUCCACUAACACCGCCACCUCCUUUACCUCGUUGACCAAGAACAGCAGCAGUGAUUCAAACUCUGUGCUCACCAACGGAAAUGUGGAAAAAGACGGCGAAGCAACAGGAGGGAGAAAAGAGGACGACCCUAAUGAAGACUGGUGCGCUGUUUGUAUCAACGGUGGUAACCUGCUAUGCUGCGACCGCUGUCCCAAAGUGUUCCACAUGAAAUGCCACGUUCCCACUAUAAAAAUCUUCCCACAGGGUGACUUCCUCUGCACAUUUUGCCGAAGUAUAACGAGCCCUGAAAUAGAGUACUGCGACGAAAGCUCGAGAACCAAGGAAAAUCAGAGCCUGAGUGCAGAAGACCAACGGAAAUGCGAACGCCUCCUCUUGUAUAUUUUCUGUCAUGAGCUUAGCAUCGGCUUUAGGGAACCUGUUCCGAUCUCUGUACCCAACUACUACAAGAUCAUUAAGCAGCCCAUGGACCUGAAGAGGGUGAAGAAGAAGCUGCAGGUGCGGAGCUCCCAGUACUACAAGUCCAUACAGGAGUUUGUGAAUGAUAUGCGCCUUAUCUUCAAAAACUGUGCAAAGUACAAUGAGAUGUCUCGAAUAAUCCAAGUUUAUGAUGAGGAGAAAGAGAUUAAUACGCAGGUGGGGUCGGAGAUGGCCAUAUCGGGCAACGCUGUGAGCCUGUACUUCGAGGAGAAACUGGAGGAGAUUUUCCCCGGGCAAAGCUUCCCCGAAACCCCAGAACCCGAAUCCCCAGACGAAAAGGAGAAAGAGGAGGAAGACACAGACGACUCUGAGGAGGACUUCAUACAGCCCAGACGCAAACGGUUGAAAGUGGAUGAGGAACCACUCCACAUCAAGUAAAAACCAACACUAGAAGCAAAAAAAAAAAAAAUUAAUAAAAGUGGAAAAACUGUCUUCCUCUUAAGUCACUUAUUUCUUUAGAUUUUUUUUUUUAUUUUAUUCUGAUUUUUGAAAGGGACAAACGAGAACGAGGUUUUCUAACUGGAUCAUCUCAUCGUUUCCUUUGAAAGAAUAAUUUUCUGCUAUGUUGAAUUUUUUUUGAAGCCUUCAUGGUGGAAGGAGGGAGGAGCUUCAUUCCUUCUGUACUUCGUGGACACGGACUUGUACAGGUUUUGAAGUAGAACCUGUUUUGUUGUAGUUAGCAACUGGAUAUUUGUUUUCUAUCAUUUGCAUUUGUAGAUUUGUUGUGACAUCAGCUUUAUAAAAUCCUUCAAAUCUCCUGUUGUGUUUGAUGUAUGAAAUCUAUAACAUGGAGAUUACCAAGUGUUUGUACGACUGUGGAAAUGUUCUGUAAAUAAGAGCGUUUAACCCUCUGAAAGUAUUGCUGCCGUAUAGAUGUUCCGGUGCGUCCUCAAUAAAACACGUUGAAAUACACCAGAGGAAACGUUUGUGGAGUGAUAUGACAUCGACUAAAAACGAAAUGUGUCUGAUGGUAUUUAGCUGUGUGGACAGUAUUGGAUUAUCUACUUCUCAGUAAUUAUUUAACUGAUGGACGUGGUACAUGACGUCUUGCCAUGACUACUUUGUAAACUAUAAAACAAACAUAAAACUGGACAUUGAGGACUCAUGAUUUGGACAGACUGAGUGUUGUACUUCUAUUCCUUCAUAAUUUAGAUUUCAAAUAAACAUUUCUCAGUAA